AUGUCACCAGGCUCGGCGUUUACUGGUCCCUCACCCGGCCUCACGCUGUGCGUUCUGCAACUGCAGUUCCCCUUUCAGGCCACAAGAGGACACACAACUCUCGCGAGUGCCUUUAUUUUGACACACACAGUAGAACAUAGACAGAAAAGCAUACGCUUAUUUUGAAAAUAAUAAACCGGAAAAGGUGUUGACGCAGUUCGUUGCUGUCAAUAACACUGACCAAGUCAUACGGCGACUACAGACGCCACAAAGCCCAUCGGGUGAUUGCAAAGCAGCUACACAAUUACGGACUCUGGCUGCUACUGUGUGGAGGUUGCAGCUUUGUGUGUUUUUGUGUUAUCUGAGACAUCACUGUUUAGUGUGUGUGAGUGGGUGCGUAUAGCGCCGUUCUGCAGUGUGUGUAAUGUCUUCAGAGCUGCUGGUAGACCUGGGUGAAGAGCCUGCGACUGCACAGUUAGGACAGCUGAAGCUAGCUACGAUAGAAGACCAGCAGUGGCCCGCUGAUGAGUCUACUCUCAGCAAGUCAGAGACGGACAUCUCCCAGCGCUUCGACGGUGGCUCUCCCCACCUGCCCUGGGACGAUCCCUUCUAUGACAUCGCAAGGCAUCAGAUCAUUGAAGUGGCAGGUGAUGAUAACUUCGGCAGGAAGGUGAUAGUGUUUAAUGCCUGCAGGAUGCCCCCACAGCAUCAGCUGGACCAUCAAAGGCUGCUUUUGUAUCUUAAAGGAACACUGGAUCAGUAUGUGGAAAGUGACUACACGCUGAUAUAUUUCCAUCAUGGACUGACCAGUGAAAACAAACCAUCUCUCAGCUGGCUACGAGAUGCAUACAGGGAGUUUGACAGAAAGUAUAAGAAGAACAUCAAGGCUCUGUACAUCGUCCAUCCCACCAUGUUCAUCAAGACUCUGCUGAUCCUCUUCAAACCAAUCAUCAGUUUUAAGUUUGGCAGGAAGAUCAACUAUGUGAGCUAUCUGAGUGAGCUGGAGGAUGUGGUAAAGUGUGAGCAGCUGCUCAUUCCUGCCCGUGUCAAAGAGUAUGACGACAAGUUGAGAGCGUCUCUGAAGCCGACCGCCCAGCCUCCCAUUUCUCCUCCUCGCAGUGCUCCGCUCCCCAACCAGGUGUUUGGGGUGCCACUUGCAUUGCUCAGACAGGGUCCAGACGGUGAUCCAGUUCCUGUGGUAAUGAGAGACACAAUUAGCUUCCUUUCAGAACAAGGUUUAGAGAUUGAGGGGAUCUUCAGACGGUCUGCCAACGUUACUCUGGUGAAGGAGGUCCAGCUCAAAUACAACUCAGGCGAAACAGUGAAUUUCAGAGAGAUGGAAGACGUCCACUUGGCUGCUGUGAUUCUGAAAACAUUCCUGAGGGAACUACCUGAACCUCUGAUGACCUACCAGCUCUACAAUGACAUCGUCAACUUCACCUCUGUAUCCAGUGACAGCCAAGUGACAGCCAUGAAGACGCUGGUAGAAUCACUGCCAAGGGAAAACUACGCAUCACUGCGAUACCUCAUCACAUUCCUGGCACAGGUAUCCGCCAACAGUGAGGUGAAUAAGAUGACCAACAGUAAUCUGGCGGUGGUGUUCGGUCCCAACUUACUCUGGGGGCGGGACAACGCCAUGUCGCUCAGCGCCAUUGGGCCAAUCAACAACUUCACCAGAACCCUGCUGGACCAACAGCAUCUGAUCUUCACCUAAACCCACCAAACAAAACCCCACUGUGACCCUCCUCUUCAUACGACAUUUAGUCUUUAGUUCACCCCAGCUACUGACCAAUCAGGAGCUUCAUCAGGGUACUUCUCUUAGACAAGCCAACUUCAUCUGCUUUUCAAUUCAAAUAUCAUACACUUUAAAAAGAUCCUAUGGACCAAUUGAAUUUCAUUUAGUCUCCAACCAGUCUUUACAUUCUGAUUCGCUGUAAUUGUCGAGUGGCCUAGACUACUGCCAACUUCUGACUCCCAUUUCAGUGUGACUCCAGGCAUGAGUGGUUGUGGAUGGAAAUGGUACAUACAUUAGACUGCAGCCAAAUAACCCUCUAUAAACAACUUAUAGCACAGAAUUCAGCACCUAAUAAGUAGGCGACUUACCCUCUAUCCACGCUGAGUCACAUUGAUCUUACUGUGAAGACCCAAGGCACCAAUUUAACUCCUAUUGAUAGAGGCAGUGGCAAAGUCUGAUGGGCAAGUCAUGUAUUUUUGCUGCUUUGGUAUUGCUUUUUGCAAUUUUGACAAGUCAACAGAGCUACCUACCAAGUUCUAAUAAUGUAGCAGUUGCCAUGAGGUGAAAGAUCGAGUCCCUGAUUUUGAUAUUGCAUUUUAUUGUGCUACUAAAUUCUAUAAUUUCUUUCUGCUUGUAUAUGUUGCAAAAGUUUGUUCCUAGUUGACUCACACAAAUUACAACUCGUAAAAUGGUUCUCAAGUGAUUUUAGUGUUGCACUUCCAUAAAGUCUCACAAGAGAUAGAUUUAAAAAAACUCUGGUCAGAACUGAAGCAGCAGUGGCCAAGAUAUCCUGACUUUUUAGUCCCAUUUUGUCGAGCUCGACUGGAUCCUGUUGUGCAUUUCCCAUAAUGCACCUCAAUGGAGUCUGUCAACAGACCCCCCCUGCCUAGGAAACCUGGUCUUUUAAAUUCCACGCCCCCAGUUUAUAAGACAGGCUUUCAGUUAUAAAUGAGAUUAUUAUUUAAUAAUCAGUCUCAAGUAGAGCUGAGAUACCCCUGAUGAGUAAAAUGAUCUCCGCUUGUAAAAUUGGUGAAAUUGCCCUUUAUUUAGACAUAUUUCUGUCGAGCAACCACUACUAAAGUUUUCAUGUGAACCCCCAGCAGAAAUCAGUUCACAUGAACACGAUGCCAGACUGAGUAAUGAAGUUGAAAUGGCAGUUCAGUCUUAUUAUCAGGCUAACUCACUAUAAAGAGCUCUCACAUAUCGCAGAGUUUCUUUUCCUGGACAUAAAUGCACUCCAGUAGAUUUAUUAAUUGUGUUGGUCCCAGUGUGAAUGCAGGGUUGGUCAAAUACAACCACUGGCCGCAAUACAAGCAACCUGCAGUUCUGUUAUCUACAGUGGCAAGAAAAAGUAAUUCAAAUCCUGCCUGGUUUUCUGCAUGAAAUUAUUCAUAAAAUGUGAUCUGAUCUUCAACUGAGUCAUACAUAUAGACAAACACAAUGUGCUUAAGCUGAUAGCACAAAAACAAUUAUAAUGAUUUGUGUCUUUAUUGAACACGCCCUUAGACAUUGACAGUGCUGUGGGAAAAAGUACAUGGAAAACUGUCCAGGCCCAGAGGCAGCAUAGUGGCCCCAAAUCAUGAUGCUCCCUCCACUGCUCUUCAGCGCUGAGAUGACGUUUUCAUGUUGAUAUGCAUUGCCAUACAUAGUGUACAUAGUUCUUCCCAAACAAUUCAACCUUAGUUUCAUCAGUCCACAAAACAUUGUCCCAGUAGGUGUUGUGGAGAGUCGAGCUGCUAUUCAGCAAACUUUUGCUUUGAGAACAGCAGCUUCCUCCACGAUGUCCCGCCACGGACACCAUGCCCGUGCAACCAUGAACGAUGAUUUCCAUAUGGUAGAUUGUGAACAAAAAUGUUAAACAGCUCCAAUGAUUCUUUUAAGCCAUUAGCUGUCAGUCUGGGCUUCUGUUGUACCUCAUUGAACCUUCUGCAUUGUGCCUUUGGAGUCAUCUUAGCAGCCACUUCUAGGAAGAGUAGCCACAGCACUAAAUUGUCUCCAUUUUAGUGUUAUUUUCGUCAGCCAUUUUUAGGUAUCGUCUUAGUCCUGAGGACAAAAGUCCGUGUUAGUUUUAGUCAUAUUUAGUCAAUCUCAUCCUUUUUGUUUUUUAGUCAGUUUUUAGUCGACUAAAACUCUGGAAAAUUUAGUCACGUCUUAGUCAAAGAAAACGAUAAACAUUUUAGUGUAGUUUUAGUCAAGAACAAGAGAAUUUCAGAAUGAGCAUUUUACUCAAGCUUCACCUGCUUCAACUGCUUUCGAAUUAGAUUUCACCCAACUGAUUUUAGACUAAACGAAUAAAAUGAGAUGAAAACUAGAGACCGUAUUGCGAUGGGAUCUCACCGGCCGCAACGCCCUUCAGCAUGUUGACGUGCCGACCCAUGAGUACUCAGCAGUCAUUACUUCAUUAUUGACAGGCAUCGCGGCUGGUGUGGUCCAAUCACAAGAUGGUCUCUAGUUUUACCUAAUGUCUUAGAGUGGACAGGAAUGACUGAAACUGGGAGCACAUCAGCAGAUGUUACUUUUUCUUGCCACUGUAGUACAUUUCUGAAUAUACCACCACCCCAUCACACCCAACCAACUAUUAAGAUAUUCCAGUCCUAAAUGCAUGUGUUUAUACUUGUAUUUAAGUGUGUCUCAGACGUGACCUGAACACAGUCUGGUUCAUCAUCUUUUUAUCUCUAUAGGAAGAAUAAUAGCAAUUGGACUUAGACGUCCCCAGUCUUUCUCUGUAUAUGUGUGCUGUGCUGUCAGUCUGUCUGCUUCUUUCUAUGUAGUAGCAAAAAAUGGCCUCCAGCUUUCACAGAAAGAUGCAUAGAGAGCAGUGUGGUAAUACAUAAUGUAUAAUAAGUACAGAUAAUGAAACAGGGCAGUUAUUUAACAUUCCCUCUAGGUUUAUGAUCCCAAACUAAAGUGUGGAGAGAUGAAGAAAAUGGAGAUGUGCGCUUGAGUCUCCAUGAAAGUCUCAGGUUAAUUUAUAAUCGGUGAACUUGGUACCAAACGUUGUGGACAAUCCAUGAAAUGCUGUAAUUAAAUUAAGCAGUGGAAUAGGAGCUGUGUGAUUCUAGUAGCAGAGCAUUAAGUGUUAGUGCCCAAACACAGCUGUGCAUGUGAAUGAAAUGAGUGCUGGACCUUCAAGUGGUUUUGCUGUCAGAGGACACGCUGCUAUACUGUACUAUAUCCUGAUAGUUUAUGUGCGAUUCUUUAUGGCUUUCUCCUUAUUAUAUUUGACUUUAAUAUUGUAAUAAUAAUGUUAUCUCGGGAUUUCCAAACUUUUUCUACUGUCAUAACAUUACAACUGGCUAAACUCCAUUGUCAUUAUAGUAACUGAUUUAGGCAUGACCCAUCGUAGCUCAUCAGAAUAUGUAGUUGUUGUUUUUUUAAUGGUACGGGAUAAACAGCUGACAUAACUCCAUACAAUGAAAUCUAAUAUUCAGUAGCACAAAAACAGAAAAUACAAGGAGAUGCACAAAAUUUUCAGCAUGUCAUUACCAUCAAUUUUUAAAUAGUGAAGGUCAUUUAUAUACCUCAGUGGUAGAGAGAAGCAGGUCUUUAUUUUCAAUUUCCCAUAUUGUCAGUUAAUGCAAACACAGCAGCUCCACGUUUACCUGUUGUCAGCAUAAUGCCCUCUAAUUCCAUCAGUACAACAACAGAGUCAUGUCAUACUCAUCACUCAUAAAUUUCGUUCACUGAUUAAUUGCCAUCUUUCCCUGAGUAAAAUAUUUCGUUAGUAAAUUUUUACACAGUAAAGGUCUUCCAGUCCUCCCCAUAUUGGGAGGCUUUAAAUCUGAAAGAUUUGCAGGAAGUAUUGAGGGUCAGUGACCACAGCAUAUAUGGGUGAAGAAAAUCAGCAAAGUGGAAGGACUCGAGUUAACGGGUGAAUGAAAGUAGUAGUUGUGUUAGAAAAAGUGAGAGCAACAGAGUGCUGGUAUGACCCUGUUUGGUAUAGUGCCAUGGACUUGGCAGGAUUUUAAUGUAAAAAUGCAACUAUCUAAUCAGUGUACAUCACAAAAUUGAGCUACAAUAACACCAAAAGAAGUCUUCAUGUAUCUGUUAACUGAGACAGUGUAGACUUAGCCAGCUUAAAUUCUUGUGUUGCUAUGGUUGCUGCUCAUUACAGGAAGUGAUGAAUUGAAAAAACAUGGGCGACUGCUUAUCAGCAGUGGAUCUUAACCCCCCAUAGUAUCCUUUGGUAUGAAACACCAAAUGGAGCAUUCAGUGUAUACGUUGCUGUCUUCACCCCUGGGGGAUUUCUGGGUAAUGACAUUUAAAGCAUUGUUAAACCACAGGUCCAGUGUUGCCCAGUGCAGCUUUAGUACUCCUGUGUGUGUUUGUGUGAGGUGACUUGAAAGAGGUUUGUGCAUUUGGUAAUUUGACAGUGGUAAAAGGAGUUAGUGUUGUAGUCUUCAUCUUGGGUAGUUAUAGUUUGUUUGUUGUCAUUAAUUCCGGCUGCCAUCUUUAGCUGCAUCACCUCUGUGUGCACUCUGGAUCAUUCAAUUUGGAAGGCAACACAUCUCUUUAUUUUUAUUUUUUUAUUCUUCCCUUCAUAUAACACAGAAUAGCCUUUUAAACAAGUUAAAUUACUUAUACUAUUGUGAUGUAAGUUUUAUUUCUAUCCUUAGUUGCCUUAUAUUUUGGUGUAUUCUGUGCCACUAAUGGAGUUUGUCAUAAUUGUCCUGUGUUUAUGGUGCAAGGUCGUCAGGUCUGUCAGUGAUUUAUAAUCCACAGCAAGCUGUGCAGUUAUCAAAAAUAACAGACAGGGGUUUAUUACCCCAGAGUGCAUUCGGUAUUUAUAACCGGACAGGUUUGAUUGGAUUAUCCUGCCGCUAUAGUACCAGCAGUCAUUCAAGUAUUGUUCAUUCAUUCAUUGAAUGUUAAUAUAGAACAGCAAUGAGGAUACUGUUACUGAUACUGAAGACACCAGUAUUUUCUGUAGUCUCCAUAUCUAAGAGAGACACGCUUUAAUUCACUGCAGGCAUGGAGCAGCCGUACUGUGGAGAGGAGGCAGCAGGAGCCCAAUUAGCUGGAAGUUCAGAUGUAGCAGUUUGCAAAAUAUUUCUAGUAGUGUAACAGUUCACUUAAAGUCAAAAAAGACUUGCAACUCGACUUUGUUUCAUGACUUGGACUUUAACCUUUUGGCUUGGGUUGACUUUAUAUCUUCUCUUAGCACAAAGAUUAAACAUUACCUUACAUUAUAGUUUUUGUUUUUGUGUAACUGUUGUUAAAGCUUCAUGUACACCCAAUGUAGUUACUUCAUCUAUCCACAUUAUCGAUAUCCUGAACGAGGGAUUACAUUUGACUAAUGAGAAGAACUGUGUAAAUAGCAUCAGCUUACAGAAGCAGCAGUGUCCUGCCGUUUUUUCAACUAGUAUUUCUUCAAUUAUCCUAUCUUAAUUAUACUCUGAGGUGCAUCUCCAAGCUUUAUUUUUGGUCUUCAUUAAGUUUCCAAAGCCUUGAUUUCAAGAAACUUUCCUGAUAAUCUGCCAUCUGUCUCCAAAUUCAGCUCAUCCAAAGCAUUGCAUUCUGUGUCAAAUUAAAAUAAUUACUUUGGGUUAAGAAGCUCUGUGUACUUUGGACCUGUAGUUGUUAAUGGGUAUAUGUUAUAUAUAACUUUGGCUGUAAGUGACAGUUACCCGUUUGACCGUUGUGGCCCAGAUCAGUUGUUACAUUGCUGUGGUCAUGCAGUUUAUGUAAAGACUUCAACAGGCCAAAUGCUAUUGAAUCAGUUGUAUUUCAUUUUGUCAGUGGCCAAAAUACUAGCAGUCAGUAAAUAAUAGUGUUGUAAUGUUGUUAAGAUUCUCAUAAUACGAUGCUGAAAGGCACCAAAAGAUCAGAGAUUUAGUUUGACUGAAGCUGAAACCAAAAAAAACAACAAAAAAAAACAAUCCUUGUUUACCUGUCGUAACUCUGUCAUGUCAAUGCCAUGGGAAUUGACAUGCUAUCGGUGUAUAAAUGGGUGUGUGCUUGUGUAGGUGUGUAUUUGUGUGUAAAUGCUCGUUCAUCUAGACCCAGCACAUUUGAAUAGGCAAAAUAUGUCUAACUGUUGAGGUUUAAAAAUAUACAAAAUUAAACUAGGGCUCCGUCAGUUGAGGUGUGUGUGUGUGUGUGUGUGUGUGUGUGUG